AUGGCGAUGCAGGCGGCGAACCGUCUACAGAAGGCUCUGCGUACUGAGCGCGGCUUGUCCUUCGGAGCGUGGCAGAUGCUUCCUGGUGCGAAUCAUGCUAGGUUGAUGGCGAGGAGUGGAUAUGAUUGGAUUUGUGUCGAUACGGAGCACGGGAACAUUGCUGACUGGCAAAUGCACGAGGCCGUCGCGGCAAUUGCGGCCACUGGAGUCAGCCCGAUUGUGCGAAUUGCAGCAAACGAAGGAUGGAUGGUGAAGAGAGCGCUGGAUGCUGGCGCACAUGGCAUUGUUGUCCCUCUUCUAUAUACAGCAGAUGACGCCCGAAGACUGGUUGAGUCGGCCAAGUUCCCUCCUGUUGGACGCAGAGGGUUCGGAAGCCCUUUCGCUAUGGGGUCGACGGGCAACGUGUCGGGAAUAGAGUAUCUGCAGCAGGCAAACGACGCCUUGCUUACGAUAGUGCAGAUCGAGACGAAGGAGGCUCUGGAAAACGUGGAGGAAAUUGCGAAGGUGCCUGGCAUUGAUGUCCUCUUCGUCGGUCCAUGGGAUCUUGGAAACAACAUUGGCCGUCCUGUGCUUGGCGCCUUUCACGAUGACCUGAACGCCGCCAUUGAGCGUAUCCGGAAGGCUGCCACAGAUGCGGGAAAGAGAGCCGGAAUCUAUGCUGAUGGAAUCUUCGAGUUGCCCAAGCUAACCCGAUUGGACAAUAUUGCCCAUUGCCCGCGGCGCGCUCGCCGCAAUAUCCAAGAGCAACCAGAAAAACCACUUCUACAGCCUUCCAUCUUCCACUCUGCCACCAUGGCAUCAAAGUGCGUGCACAAGGGAUGUGGGAAGGUCUUCACCGACCCCGAGGAGGAAUGUGUCUAUCAUCCCGGUCCCCCAGUUUUCCACGAAGGUCAAAAAGGCUGGAAAUGCUGCAAGCCCCGCGUUUUGACAUUUGAUGAGUUCCUCGCGAUUCCUCCCUGUACGACAGGCAAGCAUUCUACUGUCGACGACACACCUGCAGAGCCUGAGAAGACUGAGAAGACACCGGCUUCUGAGGAAAUUUCACUGCCUGAACGCCCUGCUGUCCAGCCUACUCCUGUUCCUCAAACAGCGCCGACUCCCACCCCGGCGCCCGCUCCCGCGCAAGAAGAGUCUGAGGAAGAUGAUCCCUCGCUCGAGAUUCCUGCGAAUGCCACCUGCAAACGGAGAGGCUGCAAUGCGACAUAUGACGCCUCAGUGCCAAGAGAUGAGGAAAAGUGUGUGCAUCACCCUGGCCAGCCAAUCUUCCAUGAGGGUAGCAAAGGGUGGUCAUGCUGCAAGAGGCGGGUGCUGGAGUUUGACGAGUUCAUGAAGAUCCAGGGAUGCAAGGAGAAGACGAGACAUCUCUUUGUUGGCAAGGGAAAGCCUGCUGGCGAAGAGAAGGUGGAGAGCGUCAGGAACGAUUUCUACCAGACAGCUACCUCCGUGAUCGCGUCCCUCUUCCUCAAGAAGAUCGACAAGGACAAGGCCAAGAUCGAGUUCUCAUCCCAGAAGGUCGAGUUCGACUUGCCAACCACCGACAACAAGCGUUACAAGGACACCUAUAACCUCUUUGCCUCCAUUGAUCCGGAGAAGUCCCAGUACAAGGUCCUGGGAACGAAGCUGGAGCUGACUCUGGCCAAGGCGGAUGGGACCAGCUGGCCGGUGUUGCGCAGCGAUGAUCGGUGGACUGGAGAGCGUAUCCAGGUUGGUCGCGCCGGCCGGGUAUGA